CACAAAACCAAACACACCCCUCCCUCACUGACACACUCAGAAGACACUGCAGAGGAGAGCAGAGCACAGCAAUCCACAGAGGGUGCAUCUCUAAAUAAAACAGAAGCAGAAGCUAACAGUGCAUCAUCUGGAAUCUGCAGCUGCCACUGACUCAGAAAGCAGCUCACAGGCAGAGGAUGGUCUAAGGCUCAGGCCUGGGAUGCUCAGCUGCUCCUCCUGCCUCUGCCUGCUGCGAGGGAUUCCCCAGGAGCGCUCCAGUCCCGUGUGAGAGGGAAUACUACAAUGCAAAUGAAAGCCACAGCCCAGUUCAGCUCCUCCAGGAAUGACAGCAACUGCACCAGCGACAGCAGGAUCAGCCAAGUCAUCUUCCCUUUACUCUACACAUUUCUGUUCCUGGUGGGGAUCACUAUGAACGGCCUGGCAAUGUGGGUCUUCUUUAAAAUAUCCAGUAAAUCAAAUUUCAUCAUCUUCCUCAAGAACAUUGUCAUUUCUGACUUCCUCAUGAUCUUGACUUUUCCAUUUAAAAUCCUCAGUGAUGCAAAGCUGGUAUCCUGGGUGCUGCGAGGGUUCGUGUGCCAGGUCACCCAGGUUGUGUUUUACUUCACCAUGUACAUCAGCAUCCUGUUUCUCGGUCUGAUAACUAUUGAUCGCUAUCAGAAAGCCACUUCCCCAUUCAGAACAUCAACUCCACGCAGCCUUUUAGCUGCCAAGAUCCUGUCCACAGCCAUCUGGGUAUCAAUGUUUGCUCUCUCCUUACCCAACAUGAUUUUAAAUAAUAAGAAGAAAACACCCAAGAGUGUAAGGAAGUGUGCUCUCCUGAAAUCCGAGUUUGGCUUAGUCUGGCAUGAAAUUGUAAACUACAUUUGUCAGCUCAUCUUCUGGGUUAACUUAGCAGUCAUAGUGGUAUGUUACAUCCUCAUCAGCAAGGAACUGUACAAGUCCUACAAAAGGACACAAUGCACGGGGAAGGCAUCCAAGAAGGCUGUCAAUCUCAAGGUUUUCAUAAUAAUUGCUGUGUUCUUUAUUUGUUUUGUGCCAUUCCACUUUACCAGGAUCCCCUACACCUUGAGCCAAACGAGAGAUGUGUUUGACUGCUCUGCCCAGAGCACCCUGUUCUACCUGAAGGAGACCACGCUGUGGCUGACAUCCCUCAAUGCCUGCCUGGAUCCAUUCAUAUACUUUUUCCUUUGCAAGUCAUUUAGGAAAUCCUUGCUAGACGUGCUGUGCAAGCACAGGGCAGUGUCAGGGCUCAGGGCACAGACAAAGGGGCAGAACGAGGGGGAUGACACUGAUGAGACGCCGCUCUAGAUCUCAGGACUCCCCACGGCCCUUCCUGGCCACACGUGUUUAUUGAGGGUGGCAGGAGCACAAUGAAGAGCACCCAGAACUUCACUGACUUCUUUAGAAAUAGUCCUGCAGAUGAAGCACGAGCCCCCUGGAACCACUGCCUGCAAAAACAGAAAGCUUAAAUAACAGAGGAGCUCCCCUGACCCCAACCUGCACCUCUGCCAGAACUGCUGGGAAAAAGUCUGAACUUAAAAGUGGAACUGUGAGGAAAAAACUUAAAACAGAACCAUGAAAUGCUACAGAUGAUAGAAUGAAAAUUCUGUAAAGAUUUUGCAGAAAUAGCUAAACUUGGGCCAGAGUAAAGUCCAUGACAACACCUGAGAAAUGCAGAUAAAAUCCAUAGGAGAUGUGCUUUUUCUAUACAGGGAGUUGUCACCUUGUAGGUAACUGGCAGACAAACAGAAACCUAGGCCAGAUGUAGAGCAGUCAUUUGUGCAGAUUUUUGCUUACACUUUGCUUAUCUCAUUCUGUGCUUGCAGUUGCUAAUCCAUUGACCAGUAAUUAAUAGUUGUAUGUCAGAGGAAAUUAUUUCAUAAUCAGGCUUAUCUUGGUAUUAAUCAAAUCUCCAAAUCCUUCUCCCUACUACAUAAAUAAACAAAACUGUAUAUUUUCACAGAGAA